AAAUGGUUGACGUGAACCUGAUGACGAAACAGCGUGUGACAAAUCUGGGAAAGAAUGACACUGAACACACACACAAACACACACUCCAGGUUCUCAGUGGUGGUGUGUAUGAAGCUGCUGUAGAUGUUGCUGCAGGUUCCUGCUCCUGUGGAUUAAUACGGACGCAUCACAGUGUGUCACAAGAAGAAGAAAGCCUGACCUCACAGCCCCACCCACUCCGAGUAACGCACUUCUGACCAAUUAGAUGGAAACGGGUGAUGACGUCACAACUCAACUUCCUGUUCCCAAUCCUCGCCAGAGGGCGCGCGGGAGGAAAAGCGACAGUUCGAGUGAAUAAAAGGAAGAAGCUCGUUAUCGUGUUUUCUGUUGGAGGAGUUCGCUGUUUGAGUUCAUCUUAAAAACCUGAGCCUCAUCAGUGUUUCUGCGCGUGUACAAUGAGCACAGGCGGCAGGCGGCGGUCUUUACGGCGGUCUCGGGGACGGACUCCUGCUCCUGUCGACUCGCAGCGCGAUCAGGAUGUGAAGACAGAGAGCCGUAUGAAGUCGGGUGGAAGGACGUCGGUGAGAAACGUCUCCCCUGUGAACGAACCGAGUGGAGAAUUCCAGAAGAAACCUCCUGAUGAGCAAAAACGUGAAGACGUGAGCAGCAGCGUCUUGCAAGUCUUCUCCUGCUCGUUGUGUCCACUGUCCUUUACAGCUCAGAUUUAUCUCCACAAACACAUCCGCAGAUGCCACCAUGAGGAAUAUGUGCGAUUACUUAAAGCAGGAGAGGUUAAAUAUGAGAACCUCACGAGGAGAUACAGCAGACCGCAAACGUCGUCUGCUGCUAACGGAUCUCAGAAACAGAACUGCCAGUGCUCAUAUUGUGGGAAGAGUUUUAUUCAGCAGAGUCACCUGGAAAUACACCAGCGCGUUCACACGGGAGAAAAACCGCAUCACUGCUCGCAGUGCGGGAAGAGUUUUACGCAGAAGAGUCACCUCCGAACACACCAGCGCACUCACACGGGAGAACGUCCGUACAGCUGCUCCGAGUGCGGGAAGAGUUUCACUAACAACAGCGGACUCCAAGCACACCGGCGCAUUCACACGGGAGAACGGCCUCAUCACUGCUCCGAGUGCGGGAAGAGUUUCACUCGCCACAAUUCUCUCCUGCUACACCAGCGCAUUCACACCGGAGAAAAACCGUAUCACUGCUCGCAGUGCGGGAAGAGCUUCAGCUACCAGAAUACGCUCCGGCUGCACCGGCGCAUUCACACCGGAGACAAACCGCAUCAGUGCGCAGCGUGCGGGAAGAGCUUCAGUCGACAGAGUAGUCUCAAAAUGCACCUGCGCAUUCACACAGGAGCCAAGCCCUACUACUGCUCCAGGUGUGGGAAGAGUUUUACCUACCAGACGAGUCUCCUGCAGCACCAGCACAUUCACGCAGGAGUGAAGCCACAUCACUGCUCGCAGUGCGGGAAGAGUUUCAGCAGCAAGUAUUCUCUCAAGAAACACCAGCGCGUCCACACGGGAGAGAAGCCACAUCACUGCUCGCAGUGCGGGAAGAGCUUUACUCGAGAAAGUCAUCUUAAACUACACCAGCGCACUCACACCGGAGAGAAGCCGUACCAGUGCUCAGUGUGCGAGAUGGGGUUCAGUCAGCAGGGUCACCUUCGAAAACAUCAGCGCACUCACACCGGAGAGAAGCCGUACCAGUGCUCCUACUGCGACAAACGAUUCACCGACGCCGGUACGCUGAAAAUACACGAGCGUGUUCACACGGGAGAGAAACCGUACCAGUGCUCGGUGUGUGGAAAGAGCUUUACACAGCAGGGUAAUCUCCAGCUGCACCAGCAGCGCGUCCACACCGGAGAGAAGCCGUACAGCUGCUCCGAGUGUGCGAAGAGGUUUAGCGACAGCAGUUCUCUCAAAAUACACCAGCGCGUCCACACGGGAGAGAAGCCGUAUCACUGCGCCGAGUGCGGCAGGAGUUUCGCCGUUCGAAGUCAUCUCCAAAGUCACCAGCGCAUCCACACGGGAGAGAAGCCCUAUCGCUGCUCCCAGUGUGGGAAGAGCUUCACCACCUCGAGUUCUCUCAAAACACACAACCGCAUUCACACGGGAGAGAAACCGUAUCAGUGCUCGCAGUGUGGGAAGCGAUUUACCGUCCAAAGUCACCUCAGAAGUCACCAGCGCGUUCACGCGGGAGAGAAGCCGUUAUCCUGACGCUUCGUGGUGGAGGUAGACGUACGAAACGUGAGCAGCUGGACACACGUCACGAACCUCUGUCAGAUUGGAAAAUCUAAACAUCAGAAAAUACAUUUUCUUAACUACUGAGUUAAUUAUGGUUAAGUGCUUCGAAAAAUAAUUUCAGUCACUACUUCAAAUAAAGUACACAAAGUAGAGCUCCUCGUCAUUAACAUAUAAACUACUGUGCUAAAAGUUUCAUAAACAAACCUGUAAAAAUGCAAACUAGAUGAAGUUUUAGUGUCAGAGAGAGAGAGAGAGAGAGGAAGGAAGGAAGGAAGGAAGGAAUGAAAGAAGGAAGGAAGUCACGUACUACCUGUCAUGUGACCUGCUUCCUUCCCAUCCAGCUCAAGCUGUCCUCAGAUCAUGUCCUUCGACACAGAGACGUCAGAUCAUGAAGAUCUCAGAUUAAUGAAACGCAAUGCUAAUGCUAACGGUCUGGUGUGUAACGUGAUCUGAGUAACGCUUUAUUAUUAGUUUCUGGUCUUCACUUGCAGGUGAAAGGAAACACCGUAAAAGUUUACGUUAUUUUUGUUUGUCUUUAAUCCUAAAACUGAAAUAGUCUGCUAAUUCAUAACUCUAAAGCAUAUAGUUUUUUUUAUAGAAAAAAUUAAACUGCCUUAAAUUACACUGUCUCUUAAAUCUAGCUUUUAUUGUUACUUUUAUUACAGAAUCUUUCUCCUUCACUGGAAAGAUUCUCUGUGAACAUGUGACCUUUUCUACCAAAGGUGGGAAAAAUCCUGUUUUGCUGCUUCAACACAAUUAAAAGGACCAAAGAAAUUCUUUCCUACCAAAGUUUUAACAAAUCUGAACUUUCCUUAGUGCCGUUGCCUUCAAGCUUCCGCAACAACAGAGAGAAUAAACUCAGGGUGGAAUAUG